AAGAUAACGUAAACCAGUUGAAAAGGACGGGAAGUGACCUCUUGCGCACUUUCAAAGUUUUGUGAUAUAGUCGACCCUGUGCACAAAGAGUGAGAUUCAUCAUAAAGUUAGCCAUGGCAACCAAGUGGGGAAUAUUCAGCGCUGGGAAAAUAUCCGGGGAUUUCACUGCAGGCCUACUUAGUCAGAGCUCGGAUGAGCAUCAGGUAUUAGCUAUAGCAGCAAGAUCACAAGAGAAGGCCCAGGCAUUUGCAGACAGGUUUGGCAUCAAAACAGCAUACGGCAGUUACAACGAGUUGGUUCAAAAUCCAGACAUCGAUAUCGUGUACAUCGGUUCGAUUCACCCAGAACAUCACAAACUGAGUGUUCUGUGUCUGAAUGCUGGGAAACAUGUUGUGUGUGAGAAACCCGUUACCAUGACAGUGGCUGCCGCCAAGGAAGUGUUCGCCCUCGCCAAAGAGAAGAAGCUCUUCUUCAUGGAGGGUUUCUGGUCCAGGAUGUUCCCAGUGUACCGUCAGAUCCGCCGAGAACUGGACUCCGGCAGCCUCGGUGAUAUCAAGGUGGUGACGGCAAAGUUCUGUGUCGACAACUUCAGCGUCGACAGGAUGAACCAGAAGGCACAGGGGGGAGGGGGCAUCCUCGACCUCGGUUGUUACACCGUCCAGUUUGCCGACUUUGUCUUCGGCGAAAAGCCAGAGAAAGUUAGCGUUGAGGGCACACUAUCGGAAAAUGGGGUGGACACCGGAGCCGCCAUCACACUCCGCUUUAGUGGCGGCCGGAUCGCCAGCCUGGUGUACAACAUCACAACCUCUCAUGAAGACAAUGCAGCCACCAUCCUCGGCACAAAGGGAAGUAUCAGGGUCCAACCAAACUUUUGGGCCCCAACUGAAAUGACUUCACCGAUGGGUACAUUCAAUUUCUCCCUCCCGAAAGGCAAAUUCCCCACAUUUUACGGCGCGCAGAGUCACGGAUUUCAAUAUGAGCAGCGGUGUGUCAGAGAAUGUCUGCAGAAAGGCCUGUUGGAGUGUCCCCUGAUGACUCAUGAAAGCAGCCUUAACAUCAUGGGAGUGAUCGAGACUGUGCUCAACGAACUUGGCGUCAAAUACGAUUUCCCGUACACUGUUUAAGUUGUCCCUUUUUGGCAACCCGUUCAGCUCCGAAACAGAAGUAAAGAGAACACGAGCAUGGAGUAGAACUGUGGGAAGCGUGCCUACAAUCUACUAGAUAACGCAUGAUCGGCUUCAAAAAAUAGAAACGACGAAGAUCAUGAAACUUUGACUUCCACUGGAAGACGCAGUUAAAGAUAUCACGGCGGGAUUGUCUGAUAUUGUUACUUCAUAUAAUAAACAUAAAGUGUG